CUGACUGUCGCGGCCGCGGCGCACAACUUCUCCACUGCGCGCGAACUUUGCCCCUUUCCUCGGCUGUGGAGUAUCUGUUUUUUUUAGAGCCAGAGCGCCGCGCGACAGUUCGACCGUCGACCGGGGACCGGGACUACAGGACCAUGUUCCAGCCGACACCCAAGCGGUGUUUCACCAUCGAGUCCUUGGUGGCCAAGGAUAACCACGGGCCGGCGUCCCGCGCCGAGGAGCCGCUCCGGCCGGCCGCGCUCAGCUACGCGAACUCCGGCCCGAUGAACCCGUUCCUCAACGGCUUCCACUCCGGCGGCCGGGGCGUCUACUCGAACCCGGACCUGGUGUUCGCUGAGGCGGUCUCUCACCAGCAGAACUCCGGGGUCCCGGUGCACUCGGUGGCCCCGCCGCACGCGCUGGCGGCUCACCCGCUCUCGUCCUCUCACAGUCCGCACCCUCUUUUCGCGAGCCAGCAGCGGGACCCGUCCACCUUCUACCCCUGGUUGUUACACCGGUACCGGUACUUGGGCCACCGGUUUCAGGGCAACGAGACCAGCCCGGAGAGCUUCCUCCUGCACAACGCGCUGGCCAGGAAGCCCAAAAGAAUCCGGACCGCGUUCUCCCCGUCGCAGCUGCUGCGGCUGGAGCACGCGUUCGAGAAGAACCACUACGUGGUGGGAGCGGAGCGGAAGCAGCUCGCGCACAGCCUUAGCCUCACGGAAACUCAGGUAAAAGUGUGGUUUCAGAACCGGAGGACGAAGUUCAAGCGCCAGAAGCUGGAGGAGGAGGGCUCGGAGUCCCAGCAGAAGAAGAAGGGCUCGCAUCACAUCAACCGGUGGAGGAUGGCGACCAAGCAGGGCAGCCCGGAGGAAAUCGAUGUCACCUCGGACGAUUAAAAAUAAAGAGAGACAGAACGAAAGAAAGAAGUAAAGACUAUCAGCGUCCGCGUGAAGGAGGACAUGGAGACCGGAAGUAG